UGCAGAGUAACGCCUUGGAAUGUCCUCUCCGUUUAUAAACAAUUGUCGCAGGGAGAGAAUAUUUUUACAUGACAUUUGCACAGCCUGACAGUGUGGAGCUGUGUGCUGCUCUGAUGAGAACUGAAUUUCCCAUAGAGAUCCUCACAAACUGAACAGAAAAAGACUUAACUGCAUUGGGAAAGUCAAGAGUGGAACUUGAAGCUUUUAAAAACAAAACAACUAAGUGAAGAAGCACAAGAAUUUGAUCUUGGGCAGCAUGGCAUCUACUAAGGACCUUUUAAUCCUGGCACUAUAUGGCUUGUUACUAGAGUUACCGACCGGAUGUCAUACAACAGAUACAAGGCUGCCAAGAUUACGUCUGUCACAUAAAGAGCUCUGGGAUUUAAACAGGACAUCAGUCUUUCAUAGCCCAUCUGGAUACCUUGGUCUUCACACAAUGCUGCUGGAUGAAUAUCAAGAGCGACUGUUUGUGGGAGGAAGGGAUCUUGUGUAUUCUCUCAGCUUGGACCGAGUCAGCGAGAACUACAGAGAGAUACAUUGGCCCAGUACACCCCGGCAGGCAGAAGAAUGCACAAUUAAAGGAAGAGAUGCUGACGAAUGUGCAAAUUACAUCCGUGUCCUUCACCGGUACAACAGAACACACCUCCUGGCCUGUGGUACGGGAGCUUUUGAUCCCCUCUGCACUUUUAUCAGAGUCGGACAUCCAUCAGAGGAUUAUCUAUUUCAACUGGACUGGCACAAAUUUGAGAGAGGACGAGGCAGGUGCCCUUUUGAUCCCAGCUCCUCCUUCAUCUCAACUUUAAUUGGGGGUGAGCUGUUUGCUGGGCUCUACAAUGACUACUGGGGGAGAGAUGCUGCUGUCUUGCGUACUAUGGGUCGUAUGCCACAUAUUCGAACUGAACCUGAUGAUGAGCGUUUAUUGAAAGAACCAAAGUUUGUUGGCUCAUACAUGAUUCCCGACAAUGAAGACCGGGAUGAUAACAAAGUCUAUUUCUUCUUUACUGAAAAAGCGUUAGAGGCAGAGACAGGCGCUCAUGCCAUUUAUGCCAGAGUUGGACGAGUAUGUGCGAAUGAUAUGGGAGGACAGCGAAUGUUGGUGAAUAAAUGGAGCACUUUCCUCAAAACCAGACUGAUCUGCUCUGUGCCAGGAAUGAAUGGAAUCGAUACACAUUUCGAUGAAUUAGAGGAUGUGUUUUUGCUACAAACUCGGGAUAACAAAAAUCCAGUGAUAUUUGGACUCUUUAACACUACAAGCAAUAUUUUUAGAGGAUAUGCUAUAUGUGUCUAUCAUACAGCUAGCAUCCGAGCAGCCUUCAAUGGACCUUACGCUCAUAAAGAAGGACCUGAAUACCAUUGGUCUCUGUAUGAAGGAAAAGUACCUUACCCCAGGCCUGGUUCGUGUGCCAGCAAAGUCAAUGGCGGUCUGUAUGGUUCCACCAAAGACUAUCCUGACGAAGCUAUCCGUUUUGCAAGGAGCCAUCCACUGAUGUAUCAACCCAUCAAACCUGUCCAUAAAAGGCCAAUACUUGUGAAAACCGAUGGCAAGUACAACCUAAAACAAAUAGCAGUGGAUAGAGUAGAAGCUGAAGAUGGGCAAUAUGAUGUCUUGUUUAUUGGCACAGAUAAUGGGAUUGUGUUGAAAGUCAUUACAAUUUACAACCAGGAUACAGAAUCAAUGGAAGAAGUGAUUCUUGAAGAGAUGCAAGUAUUCAAGGUGCCAGUUCCUAUUAUUUCUAUGGAAAUAUCUUCAAAGAGGCAACAACUGUAUGUUGGAUCUGAGUCUGCUGUAGCACAAGUGAAGUUCCAUCAGUGUGACAUGUACGGCACAGCCUGCGCCGACUGCUGCCUAGCAAGAGAUCCUUACUGCGCUUGGGAUGGGAUAUCCUGUUCUAGAUACUAUCCCACAGGAAUGCAGGCAAAGAGACGUUUCCGCAGGCAAGACGUUCGACAUGGAAAUGCAGCUCAGCAGUGCUUUGGCCAGCAGCUCAUUGGAGAAGCCCUGGAGAAGACCGAAGAACGGAUAGUAUAUGGAAUAGAGUACAACAGCACUCUUCUGGAAUGUACCCCUAGAACUUUACAAGCAAAAGUGAUCUGGUUUGUGCAGCGAGCCCACGAAGCCAGGAAGGAGGAGGUGAAGACAGAUGACAGAAUCGUCAAAAUGGACCUUGGCCUCUUAUUCUUAAGGCUGCACAGGCUGGAUGCAGGGACCUAUUUUUGUCAGACUGUGGAACACAGCAUUGUUCAUAUAGUCAGAAAAAUCACCCUGGAGGUGGUGGAGGAAGGGCGCGUGGAUGAAAUGUUCAACAAAGACUAUGAGGAGGACAUACCUCACAAAAUGCCAUGCCCAGCACAAAGCAGCAUUCCUCAGGGAUCGAAGCCGUGGUACAAGGAAUUUCUGCAGCUAAUAGGGUACAGCAACUUCCAGAGGGUCGAGGAGUAUUGCGAAAAGGUGUGGUGCACGGACAAGAGGAGGAAAAAGCUGAAAAUGUCCCCAUCCAAGUGGAAGUACGCCAACCCACAGGAGAAGAAGGCACGCGUCAGGCCAGAGCAUUACCGCCUCCCCAGGAACGUAGUUGACUCUUGAUGGACAAAAUCCAUCCAUUCUUUCUGGGAGAAUUUUUAUUUGGACCUAAGGAAUAGGGAGAAAUCAGUUUUGGGUUUGGUAACUGAAACAGGUUUAUAUAUAUAUUAAAUAAUGGGACUGAAAACAGAAAAGUGUUCUGUUAAAUUAUAGCUUAUACUAGCUGUUUCUAAAUAGGUCAUUGCAUCCAGUGUUUUCCAUGUAAGGAGAACAUUGACAAUCAUUGUACUUUGAGUGCUUUAGUCAAUUUCCCAUGUGGACCAUGCUUCUGCUGUAUAUUCUUGCAUAUUAAGGGAAUAUUAAAGUAAACUCAGAUAGCUAAGCAUUGACAAGCAGAAGAAAAAUGUGAUGUAUAAUUUCCAUUGGUUUCACAAAUGUCCCCCUAUUGCUUCUAAAAGCAGCACAUUGCAAGAUCUUAGCUUUCACUUGUGGCCUGUUUGUCUGUAUUCGUAAGAGCCACAAGUUUUGUUAGUGUGGUAUACUCUUAUUUCUAAAGAUGUUGAAGGGGAAUCUUAUUUACUUCCCAUCAUUGCUUGUCUUUACCAGUAAUUUAUGAAGCACAGUGUACUACUAUCACAACUAAAUAGUACUGCCUUGUAACUUGAUGUAAGUCAAAUGCAUGCAGAGAACAAAAGCAGAAUGAAGUUCUUCAGUGUAACUUGCUGUAAGACAUUGGAGUAAUAGUUUAGUCAGAGUGUAAAUCAUGGUUAUGGCAAUGGACAGUUGGCUCAGUAGAUAUAAGAUUUAUAAGAAUGCCCUCUUGUGGAAAAAGAGAGCAUUUCCUUAUCUUGGUGGUACAUUUUCUCCAGAAAUUUAUAUACUUGAGUGUUAUCCACGUUCUCCUGAUUUGCAGCCUAGCUGUUAGUUUUACAGCCUUUCUGCUGCAUGUGCUGAAAUCUCAAAUAUUUCAAACACAGGGUUAGAAAUCACUUGUACUGGGGAAUAGAGCUUAAAGAAAUAAGCAACAUAUUAAGGCAUUCAAUGUACUAUGCUUUUGGUGUAGCAAAUACUGGUGAAAGAGACAGGUAGUGAAAACAACUUGUAUUUGUAUAGUUGCAUGGUCUGAUUUACCUGAUAUAGAAUUUCUUCUUAGCACAGCUAUUUUGCUGAAAUUGUGAAUACUAGGGAUGUGGGAUCAAAAGAAUAAGAAAUCACUUACCACCUAGAAUUUUCAGAGUAUCACUAAAAAAAAUACAAAGCUUUAAUUUUAUGUUUAAUUUUCAUAUUUUUCUUAAAAGCGUAACACAUGUUAGCAUGAAGAGUCACAUGAGAAAUUGGAUGUGAACAUAUGAAUUAGAACUAAAAAAAAUUGAAAAUAUAAGCUCCAGUUGUGAUAUAAAAAUAUGAAUCACAAUUAGCACAGCUGGAAAACUCUAGCUGAGUGUGAGUUCUGCAGGAUCCUUUCCCAUCUCCUGAGAUGGGUUUUAGUGUGUGAAUGAUUACAUCCCAAUUGUGUUGCACCACUAGAUAAAUCAACUGCUUCAGUCAGAACAUGACCCCAACCAUAAUGAAUAGCCCCAAGUCUAUAAAAUUGGUCUGUCUCACAAUUUUGAGGUAACCAAACAUAUAUUUCAGGGAUAUUCCAGUUAACAGGUUCAUAUACAACUCUCAUUCCACCUUCAACUUCUAAUCAAGAAACGGUGUCUGGGAUUAACGUUCUGGGGCACACAGAUUUGUUAUUAACCUAGCAAUCCUGUUAUUAACCUAACACUAGAGUAGAGUUCAUUGCUGUGCACUCCAGUGUCUCUAAGAUACUCUGUAUGUGGAACGAACAAAACACUGUGUCUGAGAGAAGGCAGUUGCUGGGAUCAGAGUCUAAAGCUAGCAUCGGAGUGAGCUUAACUAGGAUCUUAUCUCUUCAAAAGCAUCAUUUGCUGGGUGCUCAGAGGGAUGCUGUGUGCAACUUGCCAGUAAACAGAAGCAAAAGGAGAAGCAGGAUUUCAUAUUAUAUCAAUCACACAGAUCGAUAAACCUCUCUAGCUUCUAGUUAUUUUAAGUAGCCUGCAAUUUAUCUAAGAGUUUGCAUGGCACGUAGCUAGAGGGGCUGGCUCAGUGAUCCAGUGGCAAGGCAUGAGGAGAUCAGAGCUCUCUGCUCCCUUAACCAGGAGAAGCAGAGAACAUUAUGGAAAGCGCAUCUACAGCUGCUUUGGGAGAGGGAACAUCUUGUAGCCGCACCCUGUUGCUGAUGCUGUGUAUGGUGUGAACACCCAGUGCAGAAAGCAUCAGAUGAAUUCAUUCUGCAAUGCCAGUUUGGGGCUGGAGAGGCUUUACUCCAGUUAGUAUCAUAUAUAUUACUACAGUUUCACACAAAAUUGUAGCACUGAAGUCUACGAAGUAGGGGAGGAAAACAUAUAUACCCAUACGCAUCCCUACCUAUUACUUACCUCUUCUUAAUUAGCUAAGCAAAAUCUGACUGGCAUACACAUACCAUCUGACUCCCCCUAGUGGUACAUUAUUACAACCCCACAGAAGUUCUCCGGCAGCAGGUAGGUAGUAGGUUGCUAGGGUGACCAGAUGUCCCAAUUUUAUAGGGACAGUCCCGAUAUUUGGGGCUUUUUCUUAUAUAGGCUCCUAUUACCCCCAACUCCCUGUCCCGAUUUUUCACACUUGCUGUCUGACACCCUAUAGGUUGCUCGACAUUUAAGAGUAGUGGGUAAAGAAAUGAAGAAUACUAAUAGGAGAGAUCCCCUAGGUUAAAGGAAAUAUAAAUUCUCUCCUCCUCCAGGCAUUACUGGACAUAAAGGCAUUCAGGUUUUCCAAGUGAAAAAUAAUCUCUAAAGCAAUUCAUUGAUUGGGGGUUGGGGAAGAUGCCUGGUGUCUGUCACGGCAGAGAUAAAUUUGUGUUAUAGGAAUAUAAUGGGGAUUCUUUAUUCAGGCCACUGGACAUGGACAGCCUUUGGAGUUCUCCCAAGCUCUCUAGCUCUCAGAAGAACUAAACACAGCUAUUCGAGCGACGCCACAUCUCCCCAAAUCUUGUUCUGAACUGAAUCAUCAUAGAAUGUGAUGCUCCACUACUGGGGUAUCAUAGAAUCCACAGCUCUUUAAGGGUGAUGUUGGCAUUUUAUUAAUUUGUUGUCAAGUAGCUCAGUGCUAAAGGCUCAUGUCAGAAGCAGUACCACGUAGUGACAGAAGUAACAAAUCCUCUGUCAGCUUGAGGGAACUAACUCAAUUAUGUGUAUAUGGAAUUCUCUGAGAUUAUAGGUGGAAAUCAGGUGAUCCACAAACCAGAAUUUCUGUUUCAACACAAUAUAUUUUUGAUAGUUUCCUUUCCCAAUGUUAGUUAAAUUUGGAAAAUCAUCUUAAAUUCUUAGCUUGUGCGGGGCCAGUUUGAGGAUCUUUAAACCUUCAUCAUUAAUAGUGACCGUAACAAUUCCUAAAACCAAGAUCUCCUUUAAAAUUAUGACGACUGCGGAAGAAGAGCAAGUGUGACAAUAAUGCAUUUGAGUCAGAUAUGCAUUUUUCUGCACAGAGGUGCUUUUAUAGUAGGCAACGUUAUUUAAAAUGCUUCUUUGUGUAUAUACUGGGUGGUGGUGUGUGUUUCUUUUCAUUAUGGAUUUGAUGUAUUUUGUAUGUGCAUGAAGUGGCCUAAUUAUAUAAUGAAGUACAGUACAGUAUUUGGGUGAUAUAAUCUGUAUGGCUUCCUGUUAUUUAUUUCGGAGCUUGUGGAGCAGUAUUUAUUUUCACUGAUCACCCAAUUGAUAUAUUAUCUCCCAUCAAUUUCUAGUGUGGAUU